CACUUACACCAGGCAUUAUUUUUGCACUGGACCCUGAAGUCCAGUCCAUAGUACUGGUCUGCACAAACUCCUUGCUGGAUUCAACUUUCUGGAUUUGUUAUCUUACAUAGUUAUUAGAUUGAUUCAUCCUGAUUGUAACUUCCUGCACAAAGUAUAAACGCUGAACAAAGGUAGCAGGAUGUCUUUACCCUUCUACCAAAAACGGCACCAGCAUUAUGACCGUGGAUAUCGUAGCACAGAACUGAAGUCAACCAUGAGCCAGUACCAGCGUGACGAAAAACGUCAGUCGGCCUCACACAGCAGCCAAUAUGGACUCACGUCAUCUCAGACAAUGAUAGAAGACAAAUCACGUAAACUUAGUCCCAUGGCGAAAAGGUCGAAAUACUUAACCCAACUGGACGACAAAGAGAAUGAAGCUGUUGAUUAUGUGGUUCCUUUGUUCAGAGGACGUUAUGAGUACAGUGGAAUAACCGAUACUGAAGAGGAUAGAAUUAAAGAGACAGCUGGCUAUGUCGCCCGUAGGAAUCUGUUUUCUGCUGGAGAGGGGGUUAGUGUGUCUAGGGUGGCUUCAUCAUCAUCUGCUCAUUCGGAACAGUAUAAGAAGAAGUCACGGAAUCUGACAAUACGAGAAAAAGCAGAGGAGCUUUCACUCAAACAGACGAUAGAAAAGACUGAAGAAUAUCGCAGAAAGAUAAAUGAAGACUUGUUAUUGCAUGCUCCCGUCUUUGUCAUCAAGAUCCGUUCCCAUACCAUUUGGGAGACCCAGAACGUCAAGUUUCAUUGCACAGUUAGUGGAUGGCCAGAGCCACGUGUUACUUGGUAUAAGAACAAUGUGCUCAUCGAUGAUCAAGUUCAUCCAGAAAAGUACAAAAUCGAAAGUGGGUACGGUCUGCACUCACUGGAGAUUUCCAAAUGUGAUUUUGAUGACACAGCUCAGUACCAAGCAUCUGCUCUGAACGUAAAGGGGGAGGUCUCCUCGUAUGCGUCUCUCGUGGUAAAGAGAUACAAAGGGGACUUGGACGUUACACCUUUAACACCUCCAUUCACUCCGUUUAGCUUUAGCGUCACUCCAUAUGGCUUUGCUUCUAAAUUUGAUAUUCAUUUUAUGGACUCAUUUGGAGUAUCUUUUGGUAAAGAGGGAGACACAUUGAGUUUGGGAUCAGCAGUCAUCAUUCACCCUACCAUAAAGCGCUUUCAGCCAGAGAUUCAGUGGUACAGAAAUGGAGUUCUGGUUUCCCCUUCCAAAUGGGCCAGUACGCACUGGAGCGGUGAACGUGCCACAUUGACUUUGACUCAUCUCAACAAAGAGGAUGAAGGCCUUUAUACUCUGCGAGCUGUCAUGGGAGAUUAUUAUGAUCAAUACAGUGCAUAUGUUUUCGUCAGAGAUGCUGAACCUGAAGUGGAACAUGCACCAGCUGCACCACUGGAUGUGGAUAGUCUUGAUGCUAACAAAGACUAUGUGAUCAUCUCAUGGAAGCAGCCAGCUGUGGAUGGGGGAAGCCCAAUUCUCGGUUAUUUUAUUGACAGAUGUGAGGUUGGUACCAGCCACUGGACUCAGUGCAAUGACACACCUGUGAAAUUUGCACGUUUCCCAGUUACUGGCCUCAUUGAAGGACGUUCUUACAUCUUCCGAGUGAGGGCUGUAAAUAAAACUGGCAUUAGCAGACCGUCCCGUGUUUCAGAACCUGUGGCCGCUCUGGAUCCUGCUGACAGAGCCAGGAUUAGAAGUCGUCCCUCUGCUCCCUGGACUGGACAAAUUAUUGUCACUGAAGAAGAACCAACAGAAGGAGUUAUUCCUGGGCCACCAUCUGAUCUUAUCGUAACUGAAGCCACUAAGAACUAUGUUGUGCUAAGCUGGAAACCUCCUGGUGAACGUGGUCAUGAAGGUGUCAUGUACUAUGUAGAAAAGUCCGUUGCAGGCACUGAGAACUGGCAGAGAGUUAACACAGAGAUUCCAGUAAAGUCUCCUAGAUUUGCAUUAUUUGAUCUGGCAGAAGGGAAAUCAUACAGCUUCCGUGUGCGUUCUUGUAAUUCUGCCGGAGUCGGCGAGCCUUCGGAGGCUACUGAGGCUACAGUGGUGGGUGAUAAACUUGAUAUUCCUAAGGCUCCAAGUAAUAUUAUACCCACAAGAAAUACAGACACAUCAGUGGUUGUUACCUGGACAGAAUCCAAGGAUGCCAGAGAGCUGGUGGGAUACUAUAUUGAAGCGAGCAUCGCAGGGUCUGGACAAUGGGAACCAUGCAACAACAAUCCAGUCAAGGGCAAAAGGUUUAUUUGUCAUGGUCUUCUCACGGGUGAGAAUUACAUCUUCCGAGUCAGAGCUGUCAAUGCAGCUGGACUCAGCGACUACUCUUCUGAUUCAGAGGCUAUUGAAGUCAAAGCUGCCAUUGCCACUCCAUCCCCACCCUAUGAUAUCACUCUUCUUGAAAGUGUCCGUGACUCCAUGGUUAUUGGAUGGAAAGAGCCCAAAAUCACAGGAGGAGUGAACAUUCAAGGUUACUACAUCGACUAUCGUGAAGUGAUUCAUGGUGUACCUGGACCAUGGCAAGAGGGCAAUAUUAAGUAUAUCAGUGACAGAGCAUACAGGGUUUUGAACUUGAAGGAAAAUGUGGUAUAUCAGUAUCAAGUAUCUGCUUGUAAUCUGGCCGGAGUUGGAACUCCAUCACAGCCAAGUAAACCAUUCAAAUGUGAAGAAUGGACUAUUGCUGUGCCAGGACCGCCACAUGAGCUCUCUGUAACUGAAGUUAGAAGUACCUCCAUGGUUCUCCUGUGGAAGUCUCCUGUCUACAUUGGGCGAAGUCCAGUUACAGGUUUCUUCGUGGACAUUAAAGAGGCAGAUGCAGCAGAAGAAACAUGGAAUGGAGUGAAUACAAAGCCAAUCGCAAACACAUACUUGAAGAUAUCAGGUUUGAAGGACGGUGUUCGCUAUGUACUGAGAGUGAGAGCUGUGAAUCAGGCUGGAGUUGGCAAGAUAUCCGAUGUAACAGAUCAAGUUCUGGCUCAAACCAAACCAGGUUCUAAGGAGGUUGUAGUCGACGUCGAUGAUAAUGGAGUCAUUUCUUUGAACUUUGAAUGUGAUCAGCUAACUCCAGAUUCCAAGUUUAUAUGGUCCAAGAAUUAUGAAGGAAUUGAAGAUUCAUCAAGAGUAGACAUUGAGACCAAAGGGAACAGAACUAAAAUUUCAUUUAAGGAUCCUUCAGAAGAAGACUUGGGUGUUUACUCUUGUGCUGUUACAGAGACUGAUGGAGUCUCAUCCAGUUACACAAUAGAUGAAGACGAGUUGAGGCGUCUGCUACAGCUCAGUCAUGACAACAAAUUCCCAGUUAUACCAGUCAAGUCUGGCUUGGCUGUUGAAAUCAUGGAGAAGGGACAAGUUCGUUUCUGGAUGCAAGCUGAGAAACUCUCCGCCAAUGCCAAGGCCAAUUAUGUGUUUAACGACAAGGAAAUCCAAAAUGGUGAAAAAUACAAGAUGCAUCUGGACCCCAAGACAGGCAUUGUAGAAAUGAUCAUGGAGAAACUAGAAGAUGAGGAUGAAGGAACCUUUACCUUCCAGCUCCAAGAUGGAAAAGCAACAAACCAAUCCAGCCUGGUUCUGAUCGGGGACGUAUUUGAUAAGUUGCAGAAAGAAGCUCGAUUCCAGAGACAUGAAUGGAUCAGGAAACAAGGUCCUCAUUUUGUGGAGUAUCUUGCAUGGGAAGUUACCCCUGAAUGUAACGUACUGCUGAAAAGCAAGGUUGCUAAUAUUAAAAAGGAAACAAAUAUUUCCUGGUACAAAGAUGAGAUGGAGAUAAUGGUGGACGAGAAGCAUGACUUUAAGGAUGGUGUAGUCACUUUACUUAUAACAGAGAUUACUAGGAAAGAUGCUGGUGUUUACGAGGUGAUAUUGAAGGAUGACAGGGGAAAAGAUAAGAGUAUACUUAAGCUUGUGGAUUCAGCAUUUGAUGAACUAAUGACUGCAGUGUGCAGAGUGAUUGCUGAAUCUUCCACCCCAGUCAAAAUCCAGAGCAAUGAAGAAGGCAUUAGAUUGUAUUCUUUCGUGAAUUACUACGUGGAUGACCUGAAAGUUGGCUGGGGCCAUAACGACUCCAAGAUAAAGUACACAGAUAGAGUAAAGACUGGGGUUACUGGGGAGAUGAUAUGGCUGCAGAUAAAUGAGCCAACACCAAAUGACAAAGGCAAAUACGCAAUGGAACUCUUCGAUGGAAAAACUACACAUACAAAGGCUGUUGAUCUAUCCGGACAAGCAUUUGACGAGGCCUUUGCUGAGUUCCAGAGGUUAAAACAAGCUGCGAUUGCAGAAAAGAAUCGUGCAAGGGUAAUAGGAGGGUUGCCUGAUGUUGUCACCAUACAGGAAGGAAAGUCACUUAACCUUACCUGCAAUGUCUGGGGAGAUCCCGUUCCUGAGGUCACCUGGCUGAAGAAUGAGAGAGAAUUGCUUGGAGAUGCUAACUGCAUUCUGAAAUUCGAGUCCGGAAAGUAUGCAAGCUUCACCAUUCCCGUCAUUAACACGGGUGACUCAGGAAAAUACUGCAUUCGGGCAAAGAACAAAUAUGGCACUGAGACUAAUGAUUUUACUGUAAGUGUGUUUAAUCAAGAGGGUAUAGAGGUAGAGGAAGAGGCUCCACCAGAGCCCAAGAAAAAGUGAACAUAGAAAGUAGGAAGGAAUAGGGAGGUUAGGAUGAUGGAACGUGCUAUACUUGUGUACAUAAGAAAAUUACCACUCCUUUAACCUACCUCACUUCUAGGUCAAAAUGAAAACCCAAACUGGGGCAACAUUUAUGAGCUGCCAGGAUCUUGUCAUGUCACACAUUUUUAGGGUCAAUAUUAACCUUCAUCUCUGGUGCCUGGGAAUAUACUUCCUGUUUAAUUUAAAUUAUGACCAUUUGUUUGUUACCUUACAUUUUAUAUAUGUGCAAGCCGUAAUAGAUGCCAACGAAAUUCAGUUUCAAUAUAAUAUACUUAUAUUAAAUAUUUAAUUAAAAUUUAAUUAAUACUUUAAAUGACGGCCAUGAAUCUUCAGUGUAUACAGUGUAUACUGACCUGCAGCUAAAUAUACCUGGAGCUAGGCAUUAUUUAUCUGUAGUACAGGAGCAUUCACAAAUAUAUCUGUACAUAUGUGUGGAUCAUUGUAUUUGGGGUGCAUACAUGCAUACGUUAAAGACAUUUUGAGCUCUGGUUUCUUUAUAAGAAUGAGAUCAAACUGUCCUUUGUUAUUAGCCAGCCCCAAUCACUCCAGUAUCAGUUUGCAAUAUCUUAAACACCCCUUAUAUACAGAUUGGUUAGGCAAUAAUAAUAUUAAAAUACUAUUUUUAUUUUCUGUAAUUGUAUCACAAAGGUUACUUACUAAUAUAGCCAUGCUUAAAAGCACGUCUGUGUGUACAAUACAAAAAUAAGGUUCUAAUCUUCAGAACCGCUUAGUCUGACUCGAAUGGAUUUGUGUGUAAACAUGAAACCUAUAAGCCCUGUGUGUGCCAGAGGGACAAGAAAUCAUAUUUUCACUCUGCUGGCACACUGAGGGAUGAAUUUGUAUAUUUGUGACACAUGAAUGUGAGGUAGGUGAAAGGACUGGAGUGCUAAAGGCUGAAAAUAAAUGCUGGAGAGUGACAGUACAUAUCUGGGUGGAUGGAAUUAAAUAAGUGAUAUUCCAACUUGGUAUCUUAGAUGUUUUGGAACUUCAGGUUAGCUCAGUAUCAUGAGAUAUGGAGUUGGAAAACAUCUAGAAAAAUGGUUUUCAAAUCAGUCCUCAAGGCAUGCUUACCAGUUCAGAAUUUAGGGAUUACCCAGUUGUUUCAAGGUGUUUUUUCUUUUUUUUUUCUUAUAAAAACACCUUAGGCACAACUGGGUGAUCUCUAAAUCCUGGACUGGUAGGCAUGCUUUGAGGACUGGUUUGGAAACCACUGAUCUAGAAUAUCAAGGUUAUCACUAGAUUGGAAGAAGCCUUUGCUCCUCCACAUGGUGGGCAGUAUACUUCUUACAAUAUGCUUUGCCCUCUCCUCUGCCACUCAGUAGGGUUAAUAGAACGCAAGGACACUGUUCGGUAGAAAAUCGCUUUGUAAAAAAAGAAAACGAAAAGUAUACUGUAAUACCAUCAUUGUGCUCCAUGUUCUUCAUUAGUGUUAAUUUGAAUAUUUGUUAAUUUUAGGAAAUUCGAUCACUUCUGUGCGCAUCUUAUCACUGUACACUAAUAAACAAAGCACACCUUUUCAUCUCUACCUUCA